AUGGAUUAUCAAGACUAUGGCGCGGACCCGUUCUCCAGCGAUGGGCUAUGGCGUAUCUCCAAGUUCACUCUGGAUUCACUACAACCGCUGGAGUCUUUACCCUGGGACGAGAAGCUCCCUGACAUCUCGGAGGGCUUUUUCAAGACCCCAUUCCAUCUUCUUGAGAAGGAAGACACGGAAUUGCACAAGUUAGACAUUUUCGGAGCCGACCUCUUCGAACCGAGCGUGUUUGCAGAGUCGACAACAGAUGCGUCAAGUGAAGGUCAACAGGAAACAAACGCUAGAGCACAAGAUAUUGGUAACGAGUUCGAUAAUAUUUGGAAGAUUGAGACUAUCGACUCGCUGCAACAUAACAAUGCACCUAGAUCGUGGGAGAGAUAUCAUGACCGACAGUUCAAAGAGCCUGCUUCAGCAUACUUCAGUGAGUCUGGAGCUACAGGCUUCGACGCUGCAAUUGAGCUCCACAGCAAGCCUGAAGACGCCGGUUAUUCAAAACGUACAGUGCGCAACGACGUUUUCUUUCAGUCAUUAUUUCGGGUCGGUUUAGGGUGGAGCUCCAUGCUCUUUCGCUUCAACAAGCAACGACAGAAGUUUGAAAAGGUUGUCAAGGAUAUCCGCAUAUCGGGCGUCAGCACUCUUGCGCUUAGCGGCAUAAUAGACGAGAUGCUACAAUGCGGAAAUAACAUGCAGCGCGUUCGCACAUUCAUCGGGAGGGUGCCAACUGCUGCAGCAGAGCCAUCGGCACUAUCAGCAUUUUCCACUGCUGCAUCAGUGAUUGUUUACACCUUGGAAAAGCAAUUGCUCCACAGCUUCAAGCAAAUUAGCUCAGUCCUUCAGAUUAGAGCUCUGUUCCAGCGAUGUGCUGAGCUGAUAGGAGUUCUAGUGAACAUGAUGGAUGCUGUGGAGACGGCCGGCUCAGAAGCUCGGAUAAUCUCCUCUGUGUUCAAGUUGGCAGCACACUAUGCCCAAAUUUAUGGACAAAUGGAAAGUCUUUUUCGCGAGAUUGUUUUCAAGGUCGCACAGCCGUGGCUUACUUAUGUGGAAACUUGGAUCGGUUUUCGUCCAGAGACGUCGGCGUCCAUUGAAUUAUUGACCAAUGGUAGGAGCUUCGUUUCCCUUGAGAAGAGUGAAAGCAAUGGCAAGAUUUCGUCUCAGGAACGGCACGAGUACGCGUAUCUUCCAGAGCAGAUGCCGUCCUUCGUUCCUCCCGAUCAGGCAUACUUGAUAUAUGAGAGCGGUCGCAGCCUCCGGCUGCUGAAACGGUAUCACCCGCAUCAUCCCCUCGCAGGUGAACAAGUACGCAUCGACAGCCCGAAACUUGCUUGUGCUGGCACCUGGGCUGAAUUGGAAAGAAUACAAAUGAAGGCCCGUGACUACGAAGCCAGACUCCGAGCGGAAGUCCUCAAGUACAAUCGGAAUGGACCUUCUGAACACGUAAUGAACAUAGAGAAGCCUAAUACCAUCGAGUCCAAAGAGCUUCCGGAUGCUUUUAGUCUUUUUGACAUUAAUGACGCUCAACAUAUGACUGGCUUACUUGCCAGCGAUGCCUCCCUGGAAAAGGCAAAACUGGGCCAGCUUCUGAACGAGGCUGAUCAUGAUAUUGAGAAACAGUCUGGAAAGCUUGAGACUAACUUCGCCCCCGAAGUAACGUCUUCGCUUUAUCUUUCUCUUGCGCCUUUACUCUCAUCGCAAGCUCUACUAAUUGAUUUCUCUUGUCUCCAUCUGCUUUUCAAGGAACACAAUUUGAAAGAUCACUUGUUGCUGCAAUGGCGCUUCCAACUGCUUGGUGAUGGCUAUUUUAUGUCUCGCCUUUCCCAGUCACUCUUCGACCCUGAAAUGGAAAGUGGAGAACGAAAGAUCGGUGUCGUACGAAGUGGUGUCCACACCGGUCUACGCCUGGGUAGUAGAGAUACUUGGCCCCCAGCAAGCUCAGAACUCCGCCUAGUUCUGAUGGGAAUCCUCAACGAAUGUUAUAGUGGCGAAUAUGCGGAUGGCUCCGGGAACCCUGAAUUUGAGAAAGAGAAGGAACUCCCUGGAGGACUGAGUUUCUCAAUACGCGAAUUAACAGAGGCAGAAAUUGCCAAGUGCAAGAACCCCAACGCCAUCGAAGCUCUGGACUUCCUCUGCCUCCAAUACAAACCAUCAAACGUCCUAGAAGUUAUCAUCACCCAACGCUCCCUAAGGAAGUACGACCAACUCUUCAAACAACUUCUCCGCCUCCUCCGCAUGGUUUCGGUCGUUAAGGGCCUCAUCCGUGAUUCAACAGCCAGAAAUUCCCUCUCAGGGGACACCCAUAAUUUACUCCAGAAAUUCCGUAUAGACAGCCAGCACUUCAUCCUCGCCCUCAGCGACUACUUCUUCCAUCUCGCCGUCGGUUCCACAUGGCAGCGCUUCCGGGAUACCCUCUCUCAAAUCGAGGCAUGCCUAGACCGCGGCGAUAUCGACGCAACCAUCGAAGCAGCCCAUUCCAUUCCUACACUGCGAGCGUACCACGAGAACACCCUAGACCAGAUGCUCUUCGCGCUCUUUCUGACUAAACGGCAGGCUGAAGUUGCGAGGCUGCUAGAAGGGAUAUUUGACACGAUUCUGAGGUUUGCGCCUCUGUCGCGCAAGGAUGGGACACAUGGCGUGAGGCACGAGAGUGAAGCCAUGGUCAAGCGGUUGUAUGCAGUGUUUAGGAAGCAAAUGGCCGCUUUUGUUGGGUAUUUGCGUAGCCUAGAUGGUGCCAGGGGGGCGGUGGCAUCGUCAUCAAAGGCAUUGGGUACCGGAAGGGCCGGGAUGGCUUUCGCGGCGAGAGGUGGAUCUGCGAAUGUGUUUGAUCAUCUUCUGGUAAGGUUGGAUAUGAAGAGGUAUUACUAG